UGAUAAGGUCGGCGCUCUUAGAUCAGACUCGCAAUUUGCUGAAAAAUGUCACAAAAAGAUCAAUUUACAUUUCGGCGUGCGGAUAAAACGGAUAUGAAAGCAGUGCAAGAGAUGAUACAGGAACUAGCUGAUUUCGAGCGUAUGAGCCAAGGUCCCGAGCUGACCGUGGAGGAUCUGAUACGCGAUGCCGGGCUAGAUGGCGGACCCGAAUAUUGUCAAGUCUAUGUGCUCAAUGACAAUGUCACAAGCUCGAGCAUUGGCUAUGCGAUCUGCUUCAACUCGUACUCCACGUGGCAGGGACGUUCCCUGUUCCUCGAGGAUCUCUAUGUGCGUCCUGCUUAUCGUAAACUCGGCGCCGGUGCGCGCAUCUUUCGCGAAGUGGCCGCCAUGGCCGUAAAACUGGACUGCCGACGACUGGACUUCCACGUGCUCAGCUGGAAUCCGGCGCGUGAGUUCUACGAUCAUCUGGGCGCUACGGACUUAACGGCAACAGAAAACUGGCACUUUUACCGCGUGGAGCAACAACAAUUGGUGAAACUGGCCAAAGAAUUGGAUCUUUAAUUCCGCAUGCUUUAUUGUUAGGCUAGUUUAACAAUUUGAUGCUUAUUACAAUAAAUAAUACUUGGCUAUAGAAA